AUGAUUGGACAUCAUCAUUACCUCCUGAUAUUUAUUCAUUUGCACCCUAUAUUUUAUGAUGUAACCUUACAAGAAAAUGCUGGAGAACAACAAGAAACAUCUGAAAACAAUUAUAUCGCAGUAUGUGCAAAAGCAAAACUUUAUUCAAGUGUUACUGAUGAUAAUAUGCCACUGGAUAGUCAAAUGUAUGAAAAAACUGUUCGAUUUUAUGAUGCUAUAACAUUAAUUAUAAAAGAUGAAGCAAAAAAUGUUUUUCUCGAAACUUCACCACAUCCAGUUUUAGUAAAAUCAACUCGUGAAUGUUAUGAAUUAACAAACCAGCAACAAUCAUCACCACCACUUAUUCUUCUAACAUUAAAAAGAAAAGAAAAUGAACAAACAAAUCAUAAAAUUCAAGAUGCAAUUCUUUUUCCAGCUGUUGCUUAUCUUGAACUUGCAACAGCUGCUUGUCAUCAAUUACUCUCAUCAAAAGAUGAUCAAAAACAACCAACAAUUAGUUUUGAAGAUGUUAAAUUUGUUAAAGCACUUAUUCUUAAUAAACAUAAGUUAAUUGAAGUAUUUACACUAAUAAUUAUGCCAAUACGUCAAUGA